AUGACGAUCGACGUCUCAGAUGGAUUUGCCAACGAUUGUACCACAGUACCCGAGGCCAUGGAUAUCCAGUAUGAGCCUGUUGGUACCCUCUGUGAUUUCCACACCCUCUACCAGACAAAGCGUGAUGUAUAUGGCAAACGGUCAUGGGCCAAAGAACUACCCCCCGACUUGCCUGAGCCCGUUGAGGAUGAAGAAUCGGCACAAUAUGCGCUUCUCGUGAGGAAACAGAAGUGCUAUGAUGGACGCAGAAGUUUGUCUAUUCAUUCCAUCAUAGUGCAAAGCGAGCGUCUCAAGGAGUUCUUGAAGCGGGCCCUAAAUGAUUAUCCUGGUGUCACACCAACCUUGAAGCGCCUCGAAUUCAAAUCGCCUUUCCCACCGUUUGUUCAUCGAUGGGAAGCAAUCACCAAAUUCCGAGAUGAAGAGCAAGAUCCAACAACCAAGACUCAUAUAGAACUGCUCUACCGCAUCAUGGAUGAGGAGCUCAGGGAUGUGAUUGACCGCAAGAAGGACUUGGUUGCCCAAGGAGUAAUCACUUACGACUUGACUUGGACGAUCCUAGAACCCCAAGAUGUGGUCCUUUCCUCGAGUGAUGGAGCGCUACGUGCGUAUUCGCUCGAAUCGGAAGAUGUAUCACCGGAAAGUGAUUAUUUCACAGCCGAAUACGUUGAGUUUGACGGAAGCAAGUUCGGAUACACUUCCAAGGGGUUCCUGAUACCCAAGUUUGCGGGCACUAUGCCAAUUACCUCAUUGCCUAUCUUCCCACUAAAAUACCACCCAGAAAAAGACACCGUCCAGGGGUUGUUGACUGCACGGGGCAAGAAGUGGGCGGAGUACAAGGGUUACCAUUUCAAAUCCUAUGAAGAGGCUUCGACCAGCACAAACUCCGAAGGUCGGGAUACCAAUUUGAGCGGGACCAAAUACUCUGUCAAGAGUCGCGUCAUCAUCGACAUCGAGGCAUACAAGCUUUUUGGGCGCGGGGUUGUCAAUUUUGUCAAAGAAAUUGAUGAAGAACUGGACAAUUCUCAGCGCCUCAUUGCAACUCCAAUGCUCUAUGGAUAUUCUCUAGAUGACAAGGAAUGGAAUUCGUUCCACGUGGAUCAUUUGAAAGACAUUGAGUGGGAUGAGCAGGCCUUUGAUUCACUAAUCCUACCCCGGGAGCAGCAGGGGCUCAAGGAGGUGAUCUUGGCCGUUGCAAAGGCUCAAUCCAAGAAAGUGGAUGGAUUUGACGAUGUCGUUCGGGGAAAAGGCCGGAGUUUCAUUAUGCAGCUCAGUGGUCCUCCGGGGGUUGGAAAGACUCUUACUGCGGAGAGCGUUGCCGAGGUCAUGAAAGUGCCUCUUUAUGUCAUGAGCGCGGGCGACCUUGGAACUGACGUUAGAGGGUUUGAGAACAAAUUGAAAGACAUUCUGCGGAUGAUUCCUAGGUGGGGUGCUCUUCUGUUGCUUGACGAGGCUGAUGUUUUUAUGGAAUGCCGUGAUUCAGCCGAUCUCGCUCGCAAUGAACUUGUCUCCAUCUUUUUGAGGGUGCUUGAAUACUACGAGGUAAGCCCCGACCUCGAGAUCAUCAACGCCAGAAGAUAUGGGAAAUAUGCAAAAAAGGACAUGCUACUAAUCUUCUAUUUUUCUCUCCAGGGUAUUCUCUUCUUGACUACCAAUCGUACACAGAAUAUCGAUCCUGCCUUUGAGUCUCGGAUCCACCUUUCCCUCACCUACAAGGAGCUUGAGGUGGAAUCCAGGCGCCAGGUUUGGACACAGUUCCUAACCCGCUCAUCGAAUAUGGGAGUCUUUACGGAUGAGCAACUUAACCAGGUGGCCGAGUUGCAACUGAACGGUCGCCAGAUCAAGAAUGUCAUCAAGACCGCCGGUCUCCUGGCUUGGUCCAAGGAACGUGAGCUUCAAUAUGAAGAUCUGAAAAUGGUGCUUGCUCUGAGAAAUUCGCAAGAGUAA